GCAGGUAAAUCUUAACAUAUCUAGAUCAUACGGAAACAUUGUUCAAAUAUGCAAUCCCUUUUCACCGCCACCUAUGCACGAAUACCAACCGUUGAAUUGCCCGUCUACCGCAAUCCAAAUAGGCGAUAUCCCUCAUGUGCUGAGAAUGCUGGUAUGUCCGGAUAACGGGGGCGAAGAAACAUGCAACGGAGGAAUAUUAGUGUCUGCCGACUAUUUCAACACGGUGGAAGCUUAUUCCACUUCAAUACAAAAGAUAUUGGAUGUUUAUCCGGGAAUGGAGAGCCUAGUCGAGUGCGGAACCGUUAGCAAUGCAUUCGAUGAAAUAAUUCAAAAACACUGCGGACCGUUGAAGGGAAACGUGCGCAUGGUGUGGCGGUCGAUGGUGUUUCUCUCGGUUGUAAUGGCGGCAUUGGUGGUCGUGUGGACAAUUAGCGGGGCCCCCGAUGAAAAGAAUAGUCGGUCUUUAGGCGGUUCGUCCGUGAAACCACAUUGUUCUACUUCGGUGACGGCCGAUCAUGCGUUAGAAUCGGGGACAGUUAAAAUAGCUAAGGAUGACUCAGAUGUCAGAACAGAGUCUUGAUAAGUGAAUUAGACAGAAAACAUAAGCAUAGUUUCAGACAGUAUUAAUUGAGAAUUAUGUUUAGUACACACACACACACAUAUACAUCAAAUUAAACAUUUUUUUAUUUUUUUUGUAUAUAUUAUUAUUAUUUCCUCCUAGCUAGAACUAGGAAGUGAAGAUUGCUAGUGGAGAAAAACAUCUUCAAUGGCAUGUAAUGAACUUUUCUUUAAAGCAAAUUA